CUUUUUUUUCCCGAUAUUACAGGAAAGCUGAUUUUUUUUGGAGUCCAGACCCAAGGGUGAGUCGGUGAGACUAUGGACAAGGAGAAUGGGGUUGAAGAGGCGACAACCUCCAAUUCUGGUGCUGGUGAGCAAAAUCAACACAAUGAGAACCAGAAGAAUAAAGCUAGAGUUCCAUUCUAUAAGCUUUUCUCAUUUGCGGAUUCUAUUGACAAGGCGUUGAUGAUCAUUGGCUCAAUUGGUGCUGUCGCAAAUGGUGUAUGUAUGCCCUUGAUGGCCAUCAUUGUUGGUGAAUUGGUUGAUUCAUUUGGUGAGAAUCAAAAUACCAAAAAAAUCAUUCAUGUCAUCUCCAAGGUGUCUCUAAAAUUUGUUUACUUGGCCAUAGCAGUUGCAAUUGCUGCAUUUCUUCAGGUGGCUUGCUGGAUGGUAACAGGAGAAAGACAGGCAACAAGAUUAAGGAAGUUGUACCUGAAAGCAAUACUUAGACAAGAUAUUGCUUUCUUUGAUAAGGAAACCAACACCGGAGAGGUCAUUGGGAGAAUGUCAGGGGAUACAGUUCUCAUACAAGAUGCUAUGGGGGAAAAGGUUGGAAAAUUUCUACAAAUGAUAUCGACUUUUAUUGGAGGCUUUAUCAUUGCGUUCAUCAAAGGGUGGCUUCUUACUCUUGUCAUGCUAUCCUCCAUACCUCUUUUGGCAAUUUCCGGUGCAGCUAUGACCAUCAUUGUUUCAAAGAUGGCAACAAGGGGGCAAGCUGCUUAUGGAAAGGCAGCGACUGUCGUACAACAGACUAUAGGCUCAAUCAGAACUGUGGCGUCAUUUACAGGAGAGAAAAAAGCCAUUGCAAACUACAAUAUAGCUAUUGCAAGCGCCUAUAGGUCUGGAGUUCAUGAAGGAUUGGCUGCUGGGAUGGGGUCGGGUGCAUUAAUGCUUGUUGUCUUUAGCAGCUAUGCUUUAGCCAUAUGGUUUGGCUCAAAGAUGAUACUUGAAAAAAAUUACACUGGGGGUACUGUCCUUAAUGUCAUCGUGGCUGUCUUGGUUGGAUCCAUGUCACUGGGGCAAGCAUCCCCUUCCAUGAGUGCAUUCGCUGCAGGCCAAGCAGCAGCCUACAAGAUGUUUGAAACUAUCAACAGAGAACCAGUGAUUGAUCCAUAUAACCACAAUGGAAAAGUAUUAGAUGAUAUUCAAGGGGAAAUUGAGUUGAGAGAUGUUCAUUUCAGCUAUCCAACUAGACCCAAUGAACAAAUUUUUAGUGGCUUUUCUCUUUCAAUUUCAAGUGGCACAACUGCAGCCUUAGUUGGACAAAGUGGAAGUGGGAAAUCUACGGUGAUUAGCCUUAUAGAGAGAUUUUAUGAUCCACAUUCUGGGCAGAUUCUAAUUGAUGGGAUCAAUCUCAAAGAAUUUCAACUAAGAUGGAUUCGACAAAAAAUUGGCUUAGUUAGUCAAGAGCCUGUUUUGUUUGCUUCCUCGAUUAGAGAUAAUAUUGCUUAUGGGAAGGAUGGAGCAACAGAGGAAGAAAUAAGAGUUGCAAGUGAGCUUGCAAAUGCCUCCAAGUUUAUAGAUAAAUUGCCUCAGGGGCUAGAUACCUUAGUAGGUGAGCAUGGAACUCAACUGUCUGGAGGACAAAAGCAAAGAGUGGCCAUAGCAAGGGCCAUUUUGAAAGAUCCGCGAAUUCUACUACUUGAUGAGGCUACAAGUGCAUUGGACGCUGAAUCUGAGAGAAUUGUGCAGGAAGCAUUAGAUAGAAUAAUGACUAAUCGAACUACUAUUAUUGUUGCCCAUCGCUUGAGUACCGUACGAAAUUCUAGUAUGAUUGCAGUCAUCCAUCAAGGGAAGGUGGUUGAGAAAGGAUCUCACUCUGAACUACUUAAAGAUCCCAAAGGAGCAUACUCCCAACUAAUUCAUCUACAGGAAAUGAGAAAAGAGACUGAACAAGCUGGGAAUAUUACAGAGAUAUCAAGAGAGUCAAGUCAAAGAAUAUCAUCCUUACGAUCAUUAAGUCGUGGAUCCUCUGAAAGAGUGAGCAGCAACCAUCACUCGUUCUCAAUAAAAUCAGGAGUAGGAGUAGACCUUCCUGAGAGUUCCUUCCUAGAGCCUCAAGGUUCUGUUUCCGUUUCUGUUUCAGAAGAGCAUCCAAAAAUUUCAAUCUGGCGUCUUGUGUCUCUUAAUAAACCGGAAAUCCCAGCACUUGUGCUAGGAGCUAUAUCUGCAAGUGCCAAUGGUGUCAUUUUUCCUAUUUUCAGCAUACUUUUAUCUAGUGUGAUCAAAAUGUUUUACGAGCCACCUCAUCUACUUAGAAAGGAUUCAAGAUUUUGGGCCAUAAUGUUUUUGGUCCUUGGUCUGGCAUCGCUUGUGACAAAUCCAGCCCGAGCUUACUUCUUUUCCGUGGCUGGCUGUAAGUUGAUACAACGAAUUAGAUCGAUGUGUUUUGCUAGAGUGGUCCAUAUGGAGGUUAGUUGGUUCGAUGAGUCAGAGAAUUCAAGUGGUGCAAUUGGUGCAAGGUUGUCUACUGAUGCAGCAGCUGUACGUGCUUUGGUUGGAGAUGCUUUAGGUCUGCUUGUUCAAAAUAUUGCAACUGCAAUUGCUGGUUUGCUGAUUGCUUUCCUGGCAAAUUGGAUUUUGGCGUUCAUUGUUCUUGCGUUAAUACCCUUAAUAGGUCUUAAUGGAUAUAUCCAAAUGAAAUUCAUGAAGGGAUUCAGUGCAGAUGCUAAGAAAAAGUAUGAAGAAGCAAGCCAAGUUGCUAAUGAUGCAGUUGGGAGUGUAAGAACAAUUGCUUCUUUUUGUGCUGAGGAGAAGGUAAUACAAUUGUAUGAAAAGAAAUGUGAAGCCCCUCUGAAUGCUGGUAUAAAGCAAGGAUUAAUUAGUGGGGCAGGCUUCGGAGUGUCCUUUGCUUUGCUUUUUUUUGUCUACGCCAUCAGUUUCUAUGCAGGAGCUCAACUCGUUGGCCACGGAAAAACUACCUUUGGUAAGGUCUUUCGUGUUUUUUUUGCACUUACCAUGGCAGCAUUAGGUAUAUCACAAUCUAGCUCUUUUGCACCCGAUAGUAGCAAAGCCAAGAGUGCUGCCGCAUCCGUUUUUUCAAUCCUUGAUCGCAAUUCUCAAAUAGACCCAAGUGAUGAAUCUGGGAUGACCUUGGAUGAUGUAAAGGGUGAGAUUGAGCUUCAACAUGUGAGCUUUACAUAUCCCACUCGACCAGACAUCCAAAUUUUUAGAGAUCUAAGCUUGACUAUUCAUGCUGGGAAGACAUUGGCUCUUGUAGGAGAAAGUGGGAGUGGAAAAUCAACUGUCAUCUCACUCGUGCAAAGAUUUUAUGAUCCAAAUUCUGGCUGUAUUACCCUUGAUGGAAUUGAAAUUCAAAAAUUCCAGUUACAGUGGUUAAGGCAACAAAUGGGCCUUGUAAGCCAAGAACCUGUUCUUUUCAAUGAUUCGAUACGUGCCAACAUUGCUUAUGGAAAAGGAGGCAAUGCGACCGAGGCCGAAAUCAUAGCGGCUGCAGAGCUCGCCAACGCUCAUAAGUUCAUCUCUAGCUUGCAACAGGGUUAUGAUACAAUUGUUGGUGAACGUGGAGUUCAAUUAUCGGGCGGACAGAAACAAAGAGUUGCCAUUGCCCGUGCAAUAGUAAAGAAUCCAAGAAUCCUACUCUUGGAUGAAGCUACUAGUGCAUUAGAUGCUGAAUCUGAAAAAGUUGUGCAGGAUGCACUAGAUCGAGUGAUGGCGAAUCGAAGUACAGUAGUAGUUGCACAUCGAUUAUCUACUAUAAAAAACUCUAAUGUGAUUGCAGUGGUAAAAAAUGGGGUCAUUGUAGAGAAAGGUAAACAUGAAACUCUAAUUCAUAUCAAAGAUGGAGUGUAUUCAUCCUUGGUUGCUUUGCACAUGAGUGCAUCUACGUGACUCCAUAAUUGAUCUAUCCUCCAACAAAAUUUUGACAAUCAGUUUCAGUCUUAUUAAGUUUAGGAUCCUUGCAACUGUUGCAAGGCAUGGAACUUUAUUACAUAGUUUGUAUUUGAAAAUUUUAUGUACUUGUGGAGUACUUAAAAGCUUAGACGUGGAAUAGAGGGACAAAACUACGAAGUAACUCAAUUUUAUGAAUUGAAAAGUUAGAAAAAUUUGUCAA